UUUUAUUCGUACAGUCGUUGAACUGAAGAUAUAUCUUUGGACCGUUCGACAAUAACAACAAUCAUUUUUGUUUUGUUGAUAUGAAUUGAAAAAAAUAUCUAACAACUGAUUUAACAUCAUUGAAUAAAAACAUGCCCGGAAUUCUCGAGUAUUUAAUGGUCGAGAAUUUUAAAUCCUACAAUGGAUUACAGAAAAUUGGACCUCUCAAAAAAUUUACAGCCAUUAUUGGGCCGAAUGGUUCUGGUAAAUCGAAUUUUAUGGAUGCAAUCAGUUUUGUGUUGGGUGAAAAAACAGCUAAUCUCCGAGUGAAAAAACUAUCCGAAUUAAUUCAUGGUGCAUCGAUUGGCCGACCAGUAAGCAACAAUGCAUCCGUAACAUUGGUCUACAAAGAUAUUGACACUGGUCGUAUUACCAAUUUCACCCGUUUGGUACAAGGAUCUAGCUCAGAAUAUCGUGUCGAUGAUAAUUCAGUUUCAAAACAAGAUUAUGCCGAAUUAUUGGAAAAAUUGGGUAUCAACAUUAAAGCAAGAAAUUUUCUCGUUUAUCAAGGUGCUGUCGAAUCGAUUGCGAUGAAAAACCCAAAAGAAAUUACAUCAUUAUUUGAGGAAAUUUCACGAAGUAAUGAAUAUAAAGAUGAAUAUGUAAAUAAAAAAGUUAUGAUGGAUCGAUCAGAAGAAGAGCUACAUCAUAUGUACAUGAAAAAGAAAGGUAUUACAGCCGAAAAGAAAGAAGCACAAGGUGAAAUAAAUGAAGCUAAAAAAUAUCAAAAUCUUAAAGAAGAAUUGAGUCGUGUUCAAAUUGAACUUCAAUUAUUUAAAUUGUACAACAUUCAACAGGAUAUCGAUCAACUUAAUGACGAAAUGGAACGUAAACGCAAAGAAAUGGAAAAAUAUCUCAAAUCCAAGGAAAAAAUUGAUAAUGAUAUUCGUGAAAAACGAUCAAAUCUUGCUAAAAUAACUAAAGAUUUGCAAAACAUUGACAAACGAAUUCGAGAUGUUGAAUUGAAUCUGAAUAAAAAACGACCAACAUACAUUAAAGCCAAAGAGAAUGCAGCACAUAUUGAAAAGAAAUUAGAAACGGCUAAAAAAUCUAGAGCUGCUGCAUCGAAAGCUCAUGCUAAUCAUCAGAAUACUAUCAAAGAUUUCGAAGAAGAGUUGGCUAAAAUAAUCGCAAAACAAGAAGAAUUUGAAGCAAAAGUUGAAAAAGAAAAGGAAAUGUUCAAAGUGAAUGUCGAAUUAGAAGAAUCACAACGAAAAGAAUAUAAUCGAUUGAAAGAAGAGGUGACAAAAUUAACGGCUAAAUACAUGAAAGAUUUGGAUUCUCAUGAACGUGAACAGAAAGCCGAUCAAGAUCGUUAUGAUUCAGAGAUGCGUAAAAAGAAUUCCAUCGAAUCGAGAAUUCAAUUGUUGACCGUAAAUUAUGAUGAGAAUAAUAAACGUAUCGAAAAACUCAAAGAUAAUACGGAAUCUUCCGAACAACAGCUACAGGAAUUGAUUAAGAAAAAAGCAGAAAUCGAAGAGGUUGUUAAUGCAGCCAAAGAACAAGUGGAAAAAAUAACCACCAGACUCGAAGAAAUUAAUAAAGAAUUGGGAGAUGCAAAAGUCGAUCGACACGAAACAGAACGACGAAACAAAAAAGCCGAAGUUGUUGAAAACCUGAAGAAAUUAUAUCCAGGUGUCUAUGAUCGUCUAUUAAAUCUUUGUAAACCGAUCCAUAAACGAUACAAUAUUGCCGUCACCAAAGUGAUGGGUAAGAAUAUGAAUGCUAUCGUUGUAGAUACAGAAAAAACAGGUCGAUCAUGUAUCCAGUAUUUGAAAGAACAAAUGUUGGAACCGGAAACAUUUCUUCCAUUGGAUUAUAUUGAAGUAAAGGCUGUCAAAGAACGAUUACGUAAUAUUCAAUAUCCAAAAGGCGUAAAACUUUUAUAUGACGUAAUAAAAUAUGAUCCACCUUCCAUCAAAAAAGCAGUCUUGUAUGCAACCAAUAAUGCACUUGUUUGUGAAACAGCUGAAGAUGCUAAUUUGGUUGCAUUCGAUCUCGGUGAUGGUCAACGUUAUGAUGCGGUGUCGUUGGAUGGUACUUUCUAUCAAAAAUGUGGUUUCAUUUCUGGUGGUAGCGCUGAUCUAGAAAAACGAGCCCGACGUUGGGAUGAAAAAGAAUUACAUGCGUUAAAAUAUCAAAAGGAAAAACUUUCCGAAGAGUUGAAAGAGCAAAUGAAGCGUAUGCGUAAAGAAAGUGAAUUGAUGACAUUGGCUAGCCAGAUCAAAGGUUUGGAUACUCGAAUCAAAUAUUCUCGAAAUGAUAAAAUAACGACAGAAAAAAAUAAUGAAGAAAUAACUAAAGAAAUUCAAACAAAUAAAGAUAGUUUGGGUAGUUUUGAACCAAUUUUGAAAGAAAUUCAAGAUCGAAUGGCUGAAAGAGAUGUUUUGAUCAAACAACUGCGACAGCAGAUGAACACUGUUGAAGAUAAAAUUUUUGAAGAUUUCUGUGUCACCCUCGGUGUGGAAAAUAUUCGCCAGUAUGAAGAACGACAAAAUAUGGCUGCUCAGGAAAAUGAACGGAUUCGAUUACAAAUUGAAAAUGAAAAGAAUUCGAUUACAUCUAGAUUGGCUUAUGAGAGAAGUAAAGAUACCCUUGAAAAUGUUAAACGUUGGGAACGUGUUGUUGAAGAGGAACAGAACAAUCUCGAAAUGGCCCGUGAAACAGAAAAGCGUGAAAUGCAGGCUAUUGAAGAGGAGAUGAAAAAAGUUGAACAGCUCAAGAAUGAUAAGAUUUCGAAAAAGACUGAAUGUGAUUCGGUUGAGGAUGAAAUCACCGAAAUUAAACGCGGAUUAUCAUCGGUUCAACGAGAAUUAUCCAGUGCACAGAAAUCGUUGAUGACGAUCGAAUGUAAACUCGAAUCACGGAAAUCAGACAGACAUUCUGUGUUAACGCAUUGUAAAAUGGAAUGCAUUAAUCUACCUUUAGUAUCUGGUACAUUGCAUGAAAUGACCGUUGGACCACAACGAUCGAAUGGCGUGGAAAAUGGUCUUGGAUCUCAAGAUAUGGAUGACGAUGAGGAUGAUGAUGGCCCAUCCACUCAACGAAACUAUGAAAAUGAUGCCAAUAUUAAGCCAGAUUUUUCACAACUUAAAAAUUCUCUCAAAAACAUUUGCGAACCUGAUCAGAUUAAAAAGAAAGAAGCUGAAUUUCAACAAGAAAUCAAUCAAAAAUUGGACAUUUUGCAAAAAAUUCAAGCACCUAAUCUCAGGGCAAUUGAUCGAUUAGAAGAUGUCAAAGAUAGAUUAAAAGAAACUGACAAUGAAGUGAACAACUUAAGGAUAGCAUCGAAAAAGGCAAAAUUGGCAUUUGAAGAAGUAAAAAGAGCACGGCUAAAAGAUUUCACCAUGUGUUUCGAAAGUGUCGCACAACGCGUUGAUUCUAUUUACAAAUCUUUGACCAAUAAUGCAUCAGCUCAGGCAUUUUUAGUGCCAGAAAAUCCCGAAGAACCGUAUCUGGAAGGCAUCAAUUAUAAUUGUGUAGCUCCUGGCAAACGUUUUCAACCAAUGUCGAAUUUAUCUGGUGGUGAAAAAACUGUUGCAGCUUUGGCAUUAUUAUUUGCCAUACAUUCAUAUAAACCGGCACCAUUUUUUAUUCUCGACGAAGUUGAUGCAGCUUUGGAUAAUACAAAUAUCAGUAAAGUUGCUCGAUUUAUCCGUGAAAAAACCGACUCAUCAUUUCAGUGUAUUGUCAUAUCGUUGAAAGAGGAAUUCUAUGGUCAUGCAUCAUCAUUGGUGGGUGUAGCACCAGCACCAGGCGAUUGUACCAUCAGUCAAAUCUAUACAAUCGAUUUGACACAAUAUCCCGAUUGAAAUGUUUACA